AAAUUAAAAAAAGUUUUCUCUGAUUUAAUUUAUUUGACCUACUUUUCUUAUUAGACCUUGAACCCACGCUUCACCUCUAUUUGGUCGUUCAAAUCUAGUUUAUUUAAAAGAAAAUUAAUUUUAAUUUUUUACGUGAUAUAUUUAUUAACCAAAAAAAAAAAAUUUAAAAAUAUUUUGAUGCAAUUAUAUAUCCUUAUUGAAGUCUCUAUAUAGCACAAUAAUGAAUGACCUUUCUCUUUCUCGCGCCAAAUCUUGUCUUUUACUACCCCAACUUCCAUUUUUUCUUCACCUUCAACCUUGAGUCAAAUAGGGGGGACUUUGCUUUUCCCUCCUUUUCCCUUCUGCCCAUUUCUUAUCUUUCAAUAAUUUCCUCUCUUUUUUCCUCCUUACAACACUUUUUUCUGCAAACCCCUUUACCUUUUUUCUUCCUUCACUUCACACUAUCAAGACUCCAUUUUCAUCUCACUCUGUAUUCCUUUGCUUCAUAAAUCAAAAUGGACUCCGUUAGACCAGCUCCAGCUCCAAGUAAAAGCAGGCUAGCUAAGACGUUUCGGAGAGUAAUUCAUAGAAAAAACUCAUCGAAAUCUUUUUCCAACAAUGGGUUCUGCCUACUCAUACCUCAAGAAAAGCUUAGGUGUUGUGAGUCACAACACUUUGACAAAGAAGAAAUUGAAGAGUGCAAAGAACAUACCAAGAAUAGAGCUGUUCUUGAGGCUUUUGUUGCUAAGCUCUUUGCUACUAUUUCUUCUGUUAAAGCUGCUUAUGCUGAGCUUCAGUUAGCUCAGUUCCCUUACAAUAAUGAAGCUAUCCAAGUUGCAGAUCAAGCUGUGGUUGAUGAACUCAAAGCUUUGUCUGAGCUCAAACACAGUUACCUCAAAAACCAAAUUGAUUCUUCACCACCCCAUGUUACUCUCAUGCUUGCUGAGAUUCAAGAACAGCAAUCCGUCAUGAAAACGUACGAAAUCACCAUGAAGAAAAUGCAAGGAGAAAUUGAAUCCAAAGGGUACAACAUAUCCUCUCUACAGAAGGAGCUGCAAGAAACCAUUCACAACAACAGAUCACUUGAGAGAAAGCUUAACGCCAGUGGAUCAUUCUCCAUACUUGACAAUGUCAAAUUUUCAGAUGUAAAUCCUAAAAAUUUCAUCAUGGUUUUGCACUAUGCCAUGAGAUCUAUUCGCAACUUUGUCAAGUUCUUGAUUCGGGAAAUGGAAUCUGCAAACUGGGAUAUUGAUGCUGCGACCAACUCUAUACAGAAUGGUGUCACUUUCCAGAAGAGUAGUCAUCGGGCGUUUGCUUUUGAAUCCUUUGUAUGCAGAGAGAUUUUCAGUGGGUUUAAUGAGCCUACUUUUUCUGUUCAGAAUGAUGAUUCUUUAUUUUCCGGCGUAACACAUCGCCGGAGUUUCUUCUAUGAACAGUUCAAGAGGCUGAAAUCUGCGAACGUUUCUCAUUUUAUCAAGCAGAACCCUUCUUCCUUUUUUGGGAAAUUCUUGAAAGCCAAGUACCUUCAUUUGGUUCAUCCAAAAAUGGAGUUUUCCUUCUCCGGGAACUUGAACCAGAGGAAACUUGUGAACUCCGGCGAGUUCCCGGAAACUGAGUUUUUCAAGGUGUUUAGUGAGAUGGGGCGGCGCGUGUGGCUUUUGCAUUGCUUAGCAUUCUCAUUUGAUCAGCGAGUUAGCAUUUUUCAAGUGAGGAAGAACUGUAGAUUCUCUGAGGUCUACAUGGAAAGUGUCACAGAUGAAAUUUUCUCAGCCGCCGGCGGUGAGUUCAAGGUAGCUUUCACGGUUGUUCCGGGGUUUAAAGUCGGUAAAACAGUGGUUCAAAGUCAGGUAUAUUUAUCUCCGACCCCUCCUCCGGCCAAGCACUAGUGGUAAAUCCGUAAAUAUUAGUGGAAAAAAAAACAGAAAAAUAUAACACCCCACUCGCUCUAAUCACAACGCGCCGCCUGAAGUCCGGAUCUCCGCCGCAGCAUGUAAAUGGUUGUAUCAUGUAUCCACUACUAUUUUGAUCAAACAAUUUACACGACGGAGGCGCGUGGGAUGACGCGGGUAGGGUUAAAUGUGUACUACGGAUUAUCUUUUGGAAAGUGAUGGGCCUUGGGUCGAAAGUAUAAGUGGGCUUUUGGGCCCACAAAGGGUGAAAGUGGUUUCAGGGCUUUGAAAGGUGAACUGGAUUUUGGAGUAUAGUGGGAGAUAGAUUGGGCGGUGAGACAAAAGGCAAAGUAGGCUCAGUCAGGUUGUGGGCCCAAAUAAGCAUACGUCUUUGUUUCUUUGGUAUCAAAAGUAGAAGGCCAUGUGGGACCCAUUCUUAGAAAAUUGCUAAAAUGUUGUUUAUUCCUCAAAUUGUACCUUAAAGAAUGACAGACAAAUGCCUGCAACUUGCAUAUGAGAUUAUAAUGUGUAUAAAAUAUUAGCUAAAGUAUUAGCAGUAAUAUAUAGUAACAUAAUAUAUAAAAUGAAUAUUAUCAUGCAUGGUA